AUGCAUACACCUUCACCUAAUUUUCAGCGACAAUUAUGGCAGAUAGAUCACCUCCCAUAUAAGGAUGAAAUAAUACAAAAUUCUGAAGAAAAUUUUAAAAAAAUUACUAAUGGUUUGUUAGAAUCUAUAGCAAAAAAAGAUUUGUAUGAUGGACUUUCAUUUUAUCUAGUACAACUUCAAAGAUAUAUACAAUUGUAUGAGAUUCAGAUGACAAAAGAUGACCAUAAAAUGAUACUUAGAAUAUUAUAUACAUUGAUGAUGGAAAGAAAACUUCAUGUUGAUAUAUUUAAUGGUGUAACAUAUCUUAUUUAUAUAAUCCUUCCAAGUGUUUCAAAACUUACCAGAGAUGAUGUUGAUUUUAUUAAUUGGAAAGAAUUAUAUGAAUUUUAUAAAUAUGUUUCUAAUGAAAAAGAUCGUGAAGGUCGUUUUUACUUAACUCUAAAAUCAUUAACUCAGUUACAAAAAACUAUAGUAAGAUUAAGAUAUUUAUUUCCUCUGUCAGCAACAAAAGAAAUAAUUAAUGAAAUUAGGACAAUUUUUUAUCCUUUUGAUUCUACUAUGGAUUCUGCAAUGAAAUUACUAUCUUUAUUUUUACCACUUCGAAUGACAUAUGAAGAACACACUAAUUAUGGAGCCUCUUUAUGGUUUGAAGAAAUAUGGAAAUGGUAUACACUUGCUGAUCACAAUCUUCCAUGGGAUCCUUUAUGUGUUGAAAUGUUUUCAGGUUUGGCCAAAUAUUGUUGUGGUUUUGGAAAUUGGAGUGAUAAAUAUGAUAUUAUUUUGUCAAAAUCAUUAAGAAAUUUUGAUAUUUCUUUUGGAAAUAAUAGGGAAAUAUCAUUAACUGAUGAUAAUAGUAAUACCUCUCAAAAGUUACUUGCUACAUGGUUUGUUUAUAUGCUUGGUGGUAAAGAUGAUGGAUUUCAAUUACAUUUAACAAAAUUUUUUACCUCAAUUGAAUCAUACUUUCAUCCUUCCAAUGAUGGAGAUCAUAUUGAAUCAUUGAUUAGAUUUGUCAAUAAUUUGACAACAGAAAUGGGUACUAGAAUACAUUAUGAAAGAUAUUCAACGAAAAAAGUAAAUACCACUUCAGAAAUGAGACUUACAGAUAUUCAAAUUGAAAAAUUUGUUAGAACUUUGAUGCAAGUAAUGAAAUGGCUUGUUUUUUCAAAAUGUGAAUUAGAGUCUAUUCCAGAAACUAUAAAAAAAUUAUGUGAUAUAUCUCCUGGUAUUGUUUUACCAUUUGUUUUAAAAUUAAUUUAUCCAGCACUUAGAAAUGUUAGUGCUCCUCAUCGUUUAAGACAAUCCAUGAAAUGUUUUUUAUCUAUAUGUUUAUCACUGGUUAGAGAUUACGAUUGUAAUAUAUUAAGAGAUAAUUGUGAUGAAGAAGUUUUAAAGUCAAUUGAAUUAAUAUAUCUUGAAAAAGAAAAUUUUCAAGAUAUAAAAAAAAUGAAUGAAAAAGGAUUAUCUAAAAAGGAUGAAAAAAUAUUAAGAAAAAAGAUAAAAUUAAGAAAAUUAACUAUGGAUGAAUUAAUUAAUGGUAAUUCUGAAAUUUUAAAAAAAUCUAAUAGUUUUGGAAAAGAUACAAAUUUACUAAAAAUUGAAAUGGAAGCUGAUGGUGAUUUAAAUAAUGUUCGUAUAGAUUGCCAAUUAACAGAAAAGACAUCAAAUACAUCUUCUAAAAAUUUAUAUUCUAAAAUAUUACAACAUGAUUUUAGUGGUCCACUUCGUUUUCAUAUUAUUUUACUUCUUGAAAUGAUUAUCAAAUCAUUUGAUAUUAAUGAUAUUGAAAAAACAUCACUAUCUUUAGAAGCAUUAACAAGAAUUUUUAAUGUUAUAAUUGUAGCAGAUUGCUCAGAGGCAGUUAAUCAAAUGAAAAAUGAGUUAAAUAAAGAAGAAAUUAGACUUUGCCAAUUAACAAAAGAAUUUCCCAAUAUUAUAGAACUUUUUUUAACCAAUGUAUUUUCAUUAAUUGAUAAACUUGAAGCUGGUGGAGCUCGUAUACGUAAUGAUGAUGCGGAUUGUGGAAAAGUUAGUGGUUUAUCAGAAUGUGAAGAGAAUGAUAAAGAAGCUUUAUUAUCAAAUGAAGAAAUAACUUUACGUGAAAAUUUAGUGUUUGUAUUUACUGGUCUUCUAGAAAAUUGUUCAUCAUUAAUUAGGCAAACAAUAUUUAAUUCUAUUCUUAAAUAUGUUAAAGAAAAUGUCUUUGAAAAUCAAUUGUCAAUUUCUAUAAUUACUGGUGUUAUCAAUCAAAUAAUUUAUUUUGAUCCUGAAUAUUCAUUUCCUUUAUUAUAUAAUCAUGUAAAACAGAAUUUUCCUGGAUGUUAUCCAAAAGUCAAUGAAAAUAUUGAAAUUGAUAUUGCUUUGAUGUGGUAUAUUUCUUUAUCAUGUUGUAUAUUUUCAUUACCAGGAUUAUCAAUUUUAAAAUAUAAAAAAGAAGUAUCAGAAUUGGCUGAAUUUUUAUUAAAUUUUGACCAUAAAAUGGUAUAUCAUCUUGGUUGUAAUGGUCUUCUCAAUACGUUUACCAAUCUUAUUGGAACAUACACUGAAGUUAAUACAAAAUUAAUUGCUAAAGUUGAUAAGCCAUUUAAUGAAUUUUUACCAAUUAGAUAUUGGGGAAAAACAUGUGAUAAAAGAAAUCCAACUACAAAGAUUAUCUUUCAUACAUCUACUAAAGAUGAAGUUGAUUUUGCUUUCAAGUUAUCGAGUUGUAUAUUAAAUUCUUCCUUGAAAAAAUUUGAGACAAUUAAAAAUCUUUCAAAAAAACAAAUAAGAAAACAUUUAGAAAUUAUAAAAAUGGUAUUACGUGGAAUGUCUGAAGUUCUAAGACCUUUAGAUGGAAAUUUUAUAUCAUUAUACAAAAUUUAUAACAAUAAAAAUUCGGAUUUAUACUUUAACAAUAUUACAAAAAAAACUGAAACAAAUAAUUACUUAAUUGGUAAACCAAAUUUUAGAAAUAUAAUAUGUAAAACUUUAACAAAUAUACUACCGUAUAUGUUGGCAAACCGUGAAGCAGAAACAACAAAUAUUAAUAUGAUAUUAUCUAUAUAUAACAAAAUUCUUUUUGACUAUGGUAUAACACAAUCAUCAUAUAAUGAUGAACAAAGUGAUGCUAUUAAUAAUGAAAUGAUUUUUGGAAAUAUUGUCUUAGGAGCAAAAGCUGAUAUUUUUGAUGUUGUAAGAAAAAAAGUUUCACUUUGUCAUAAUACUAGAUUAUUAUUAUUCCUAACGGAACCAUGUAUCUUUAAUGAUACAUAUCUUCAAAUUUUGAACGAUUAUAUUUUGGCAGCAGAAUCUAGUUAUAGUAAAAUAUCAAAUUUAGCUAUUGGAUAUAUAGAUGAUUUAUUAUCAACUUUCCCUAGAGCAUUAAAAUAUAUAUUACCACAUGUAGAACAAUUACUAUCAUUGACUGGUGAAAAAAAUGAAUAUAAAAUAAGUGCUGGAUAUAAGUUAAUUAGUCUUGAUUUAUGUUCUGGAACAAGAGAUUAUAAAAUAAAAAAUGAAAUUAUUAAAGCUAUAUCACAAAAUUCAAAUCAUUUUCAGUAUCAAAUUGUUGUCAAAUGUAUUAAAGAAAAUUGUAUUCCUGCUUUAAGUAAAUGGAAACAAUCACCAAUUGAUUUAACAAUUUCACAAAAUUUACAUUCAUACUCUAUAAAACAAUAUCUUUUUAAAAAUUCUAAAAACCUUGAUACAUCAGAAUGUGAUAAAUUUGAAGAUACAAAAAAUAAGGAAACAUUAAAAGAAUAUAUGGAAAUCGUUGAGACAAUAGUAUCAACUUUAUCAAAUCCAGAUUCUCAUUGGCAAGUUAAAAAAAUACUACUAGAAUUAAUGUUAAAUUUUAUAACUCAUCAUCUGAAAGCAAAACAUUCCGAAUGUAUUAUAAAAUUUUUAAUAGAUUCAGAUAUAGAUAAUGCCAAAAAUGUACUUUCAUUUAUCUUUGAUUAUAUGAUUUAUACAAAACCACCUGUUAUUAAAAUUUCAAUUAAACCACCAAUAUCAAAUUUUAAUCGAAAUUUUGAUAAUAAUGGAAUACCAUUAUAUGGUAUAUUUGAAGAUAAUCUUUGUAUGACAUAUGACAGUUAUCUUGAUCAAAAAACAUUAAAACAAAUUUCAAAAAAUUAUAUUGGAUUUAAUAAAUGGCCAAAAAUGAUUAAAGCAUCUUCUCCAUGUGAUGAUCAACAUUUGUGUAAUAGAAGUUAUACUCAAUUAGAUGAUGUUGAAAAAUCAAUUGUUAAUUUUUUCAAACAAUAUAGUAAUGUUGAAAAAUUUUUUGAAAAUAUUGCUUUAUCAUAUACUGAAAAAAGUGGAUUCUAUUUAAGAUUAGCUUCAUUUAUUUCACAGUUAGGACGUAACUAUAAUGAUGCAGCUUUAAUGAAUUUUCUUAAAAUUAUGGAAAAAUAUGCUUGUCAUGAGAAACUUGCAGAAAAAAAAAUUGCAGCUGUCAUUUUUGCUGGUCUGGGCCGUGGAACAAAAUAUUGGAAUAUGGAAAAAUAUGAUAAUUUUAUUAAUUUGAUGAAAGAAAAAAUGCCAAAAAUUUGGGAUUCUUUAACUCCAGAAAUUUUUAAUCAUUGGGGUGAAGCUAUUAGUUUGGUGUUGGCAAAACGUGAUGUUAGAAGAUAUAAAUGGCUUGUUGAUCUUAUUUUACAAUUUUCAAGUCAGAUACAUUCAACUAUGCAUCCUAUACUUAUUCAAAUAAGAUUGUCAUUACUUGGAAUGAUUAAUUGUUCAUUUUCUUGGAGAGGAACUAGUAUAAUGACAAGAUGUACCGAAAUAGCAUUAAAACAUUUACUUUCAUCACAUUAUGUAGUUAUGAAAAGUGCUGCUGACAUCAUUUCAGAUGCAUGUCUUUUAGAUAUUCAUGGAUUUGCAUUUGAUGAUAGAAUACCACUUUCAAUGAAACCAUAUGACAUGGAUAUUAUAUUUGAAAGAUUAGGAGAAAGUUUAAAUGUAAUGAUGAGUGAAGGAUAUACAAAAUGUUUCUUUAGUGGAAAUGAAUUAGUUCCUAUUGAUAAACAAUCUAAAAUAUAUAAAACAUCUUUUAAUGCUCUUCAAAGUAUAAUUUUGAUAAUAGAGAAUAGAUUUGUUACAGGAUUUCUAAGAUUUACUAGUUAUAUUUUUAUUUUAAUUCCAAUUAUUGCUACAUUUGAAAAUGAUAUUAAUGAUAAUAUGAGAAAAGCAUGUAGUUUAGCUUUAAAUGAAAUAAUUCCUAAAUUAAUUUUAAAAAAAUCUAUGGUAUUAGAAUUUAUUGAAACAAUGGAACAUGCUCUUAAAUAUUCUCGAUCAUGGAAAACACAAUGUUCAAUUUUAAGAAUCACUAGAACAAUAAUUUUUGGAAGUUAUUUUAAUGCCUUAUCUGAGGAACACAAACAACGUAUUGAAAAUAUGAUAAUAGAAAUGAUUGCAUCAUCUUUUAUUGAAGUUCGUCAAUCAGCAGCAGAAUCAUUAACAGGUUUAAUUUUGUGUAAUUAUUUAACAGUUAACUCUCGUAUACUAAAUAUAUUUCUUAAAAUGGCCAGAGAUAGUAAUGGAAAUGAACAUAAAAAACAUGGAGGAAUUUUAGGAUUAGGGGCAAUUGUUCUUGGAUUUCCAUAUACAUGUCCUCAUUAUAUUCCAAAAGUUAUUGUAGCUUUAGCAAAAAUUGCUAGAAAGUCUAACAAUAAAAUAUUACAUAAUUCUAUGAUUACAACACUUGGAGAUUUUAAAAGAACUCACCAAGAUACAUGGGAUGAGCAUGAAAAAUGUUUUAAAACUGAACAAUUAGCUAUUUUAAAUAAUGUCUUAACUUCACCUAAUUAUUAUAUUUAA